CUUGCCGCUUGGCCCCAAGAGAUUGCCACCCAGCCGGCGUUGACAUUAACCCCCCCAAUGCUCGAAGCACCAAUCAUGGUAUCUUCGGGUUCUUCAGACCUGCCACUGCAGCUGAAUCCCUGGGAAGCCCAAGCUCUAAACUACGGGUUUCCACAAGAACCUUCUACCAAUGGCCAUGCGGGAAGCAACAGCAACAACAACAACAAUACCCCGGCUUGGAUACAGCUUCCCGACCCCAUCAUAUAUCCUGGCAUAUAUUCAGCUAGCGGCAUCGAUGUGAUGGGUAUACUGUUACGAAUUGCUUCUCGACCGAAUCCGACCAUUGACCUUGGCCCUCUCGACUGCUCCGUCUCCCUCACCUUGUGCGAUAUCAGCUUACCGGAUGCCCCCAUCGUCUACGCCUCCCCUGGCUUCUACCAACUGACUGGCUACUCUGCCCCCGAGAUCAUGGGUCGAAACUGUCGAUUUUUGCAAAACUCUCCUCAUAUGCCGCCGCCAGGCAGGGUUAGUGACGCUGUCCAAGAGAUGCGGCGUGCCAUCCGUGCCCACCAGGAAGUACAGGUCCGCAUUGUCAACUAUAAGAAAAACGGCACCCCGUUUACCAACGUUGUUACCAUACUUCCCCUGUGGGCUGAUCCUUCCGGACAUCACUUCGCCGUGGGCCUCCAGGCUGAGCUAUAGAUGCUAGGCGUACCUCGAAGGCCUCCGAGGGAACCCUUCUUCUCAUUCUGCAUUUUAACAUCUGCAUCCGCUUCCCUGGCAACCACUGUCAGAGAAAUACCACGCCAGCUCGACGCUGUUUGCUUUUUUUUUUUUUUUUUUUUUUUUUUUUCGACAGCCAGCACUCUGCCACUCUACCCUGGACAUAACAUUUGUAUUCGGUGCACUCGAGAUUUCAUCAAGGAUCGUACAUACAGUCACACAUGAGGUCUGUAGUUCGUUUUCCCCAUCGAGAUGCCGUGUCGGCACCGGCAUCCCGACAACUGACGGUCAACCCUGGAGCUCGAUACCACAGACUUUGAUUUUCUUGCAGCAGCCAGGAGAAGAGGGCGGCGCACACGAUUAUGAUUUGCAACAUUGGAGUUCUUUCAAACAAUUCUACGGGUGGUACACGAAAAGGGUUUUGGGAGAUAUCCAAUAGAUGCGUACACGAU